ACUGGGAAAGGGGAACUGACUGACCGCACUCUUGCAGUCUGGUCUGCCAGUCUCGCAGUUCGCACUUCUCAGUUGCAGUGGUUCUCCUGAAUUCACUGGAGAUAAAUUUUCAUUAACGCGUACUUGCACGCAUGAGUUUUGUCAUGGCUCUUGGCGCGAAAUAGUUUAGUUUACAAAUAAAUCAGAUAUUGAUUGUGAAGUUGUUGUUUGUGAAAAAAUUGCAUCCGAUGAGUAUCAACAAGUCGUGUUGACAACAAAAACUUCUGCAACAUGUGCUCACAAGUCAGCGCGUUCAUCAUCGCAUGUGUGGCCUCUCUUCUUGUGCAGAAUGUGGUCUCAUCUGAGUAUGGGUGCGUGUGGUAUGGGCAGUGCGACCAGAAGGAGAACGGGCAUAAACUCAACUGCCCAUACGAUGGGCCCCCCAAAGAGGUCACUGAUCCCGACAUUGUUAUACUAUUGAAAAAAUGGUGUCCGCGAUUAGUCGAGAAUGAAAACAAUGCGUCAGUGAAGACGUGCUGCGACGCUGAGCAGAUGAAGCUGCUGAACACCAACCUGGCGAUGGCGUCGAGUUUCAUCAAGCGAUGUCCGGCCUGCGAGCGAAACCUCAUCGAGCACAUCUGCCAGUUCACCUGCGGACCCGAUCAGAGUCGAUUCAUGAGGGUGGCUGGCAAAAACGUUUCCAAAUCUGGAGUUGAAUCCAUAACUGCAAUCGACGUCUUCAUUAGCGAAGAGUACAUAAUAAAAACUUACGAAUCUUGUCAGAAUGUUUACGUGCCGGCGGCGAACAGUUUGGCUAUGGACUUCCUGUGUGGAUUGUCGACAUCCAGGUGCUCUCCAAAAAGGUUGUUUAACUUCCUCGGAGAUCAAGCCAAGAACAUGUAUGCUCCAUUUCAAAUUAAUUAUAUUAUUACAAAUGAAGAUUCAGCUAAUAAUGGUACCAUACCAUUGUAUCCCGAAGUGUAUUCUUGCAAUGCAGCUUUGAAUUCGACGUUGCCCGCAUGCAGCUGCAUGGACUGCGAGGCAAGCUGUCCCGCUCCCGCACCGCAGCUCGACUGCGCCGCAGACGACCGCAGUCUGCUGCAGUUCAACGCAAUCAUUGUCUGCGUCUUCAUUGUCGGCACCGGCUCUUUUCUGUUCGCCUUCCAUUACGGGCCCAAGCUCUGCUCCAGAGUCGCGUCUUCUGAGGGACUGAAAUGGAAAGAGUCGAUGGUCGGCCAAACACUCAAUGGAAACCAAACGCUCAACGAUGAUGAAACAAGUCCUUUCCAAAUUGACAAAUCUAGAGCGGCGACGAAUAGCCUCAGCAAGGAAGCAAUCAACCACAAUGAUCCUGAGAAGCCGUCGUUUAUUGAAAAGUUGGGUGCUAAUCUCGACUGUAGGAUGGAGAAAUUCUUUGAAGGACUUGGCUUUGUGUGCGCAUCGAACCCGUGGCUGACACUGUUUGUGGGCGCAUGCGUAGUGGUGGGUUUGUGCCAUGGCAUCCGAUUUGUGCAGAUCACCACCGACCCAGUGCAGCUGUGGGCCUCCGCCACCUCCCGCUCCCGCCUCGAGAAGACCUACUUCGACGAACACUUUGAGCCCUUCUACCGCACCGAACAGGUCAUCAUAAACGCAGUCGGCAUCAAUCAGGUGAAACACAACACCUCUUUGGACGGCGCAAUCUUUGGACCAGCUUUCAACAGGGAGUUUCUUCUUGAGGUCUUGAACUUGCAGGAAAAAAUAGAAAAGAUAGGCGAAGACGAGGGUUUCGGGCUGCGGAAGAUCUGCUUCGCGCCACUGAGCCAGGCGGGACAGGAGGCGACAGACGUUCGUCAGUGCCUGGUGCAGAGUGUGUGGGGAUACUUCCAGAACAAACGCGAGGACUUUCUCAACGUCGGCCAGGAUAUCUACGGCUAUCCCUUCAAUUACCUCGAUCAUCUCACGCAGUGCUUUCAUAACAAGUACAAGUCGAACUGUUUGGCGCCGUACGGUGGACCAAUAGACCCGGCGAUAGCACUGGGUGGUUUCCUGAAGGAGGGUGAGAGCAUUUCGGCACGCCCCGCCUACGAGCAGGCCACCUCCAUUAUCCUCACUUUUGUUGUCAACAACUAUUACAACGCCUCAAAGCUGGAGCCGGCACUCAAAUGGGAAGAGAGAUUCAUCCAAUUCAUGAAGAACUGGACAAAGCAUGAGAAGCCAGACUUCAUGGACGUUGCCUUCACGUCUGAGCGCUCAAUUGAAGACGAACUGGACAGGGAAUCCAAGUCUGACAUUCUUACAAUUCUCAUCAGCUACCUCAUCAUGUUUGCUUACAUUGCUCUCUCGCUCGGAAAGAUUCGAAGCUGUCAAUCGUUGUUGGUGGACAGUAAGAUCACGCUGGGUUUGAGUGGAGUUAUAGUGGUUCUUGCCUCGGUUGCUAGCUCAAUUGGAUUUUUCGGAUUUCUGGAAGUGCCGUCAACGUUAAUUAUCAUGGAGGUGAUUCCGUUUCUUGUCUUGGCAGUUGGCGUGGACAAUGUGUUCAUUCUGGUGCAGAGCCAUCAGAGGGAGCCCCGAAUGGAGAACGAGUCCCAUGAGAGGCACAUUGCCAGGGUGCUCGGGCAGAUUGGACCCUCCAUGCUUCUCACCAGUGCUUCCGAGUGCUGUUGCUUCUUCAUAGGUAGCUUGUCUGACAUGCCCGCUGUUAGAGCGUUCGCUUUGUAUGCUGGCGUAGCCUUGCUAUUAGAUUUCAUUUUCCAAAUAACAUGCUUUGUCAGCAUUCUAACCCUGGAUACGUUGCGGCAAGCUGAGAACAAACUGGACGUGCUCUGCUGCCUGCAGGCGUCGUCCAAGAUCAAGCCAGAACGCGGCGAUGGCUUCCUGUACAAGCUGUUCAAGUCAGUAUACGUGCCGACGCUCAUGAACAAGAAGGUGCGUGCGUGCGUCGUGGUCGCCUUCUUCGGCUGGCUGUGUGUGAGUGUGGCGGCCCUCCCUCACAUUGAGAUUGGACUCGAUCAGGAGUUGGCGUUGUCAAGGGAGUCGUUCGUCAACAAGUACUUCAAGUUUCUCAAUAAGUUCCUGUCGAUCGGCCCCCCAGUCUACUUUGUGAUCACGGAGGGACUGAAUCUGUCCGAUUACCGGGUUCAGAAUCUGAUCUGUGGCGGCCAGUACUGCAAUCCUGACUCACUCACUGCCCAACUCUACAUUGCCUCCAAGAGCCCUCAACAAACAUUUAUUGGGCGACCUCCGUCAUCGUGGCUUGACGAUUAUAUCGACUGGGCUAGUAUCGAUUCUUGCUGCAUGGAGUUCGAUUCUAAUCGAACCUUUUGUCCCAGCCUGAGAAGCGCUGAUAAUGAUUGUUUGCCUUGCAAUAAGACCUAUCUCAGUGGAAACAUGCAGCGGCCUGAUGAUAGAACUUUUUCGUCUUACAUCAGCUAUUUCCUGCAAGACAAUCCGUCGGAAGAAUGUACCAAGGGAGGGCAUGCAGCUUAUUCGCAGGCUGUCAACUACAUGAAAGAAAAUGAUAUAACAAAGGUCGGAGCAAACUAUUUUAUGUCUUUCCAUACAAUACUGAAAUCUUCGGCUGAAUACUAUGGCUCAAUGCGAAAGGCCAGAGAAAUUUCAAAGCAACUAACGGACAUGAUCAACACAAACAUAAAGAGCUUUGGUUACAAUUCUACAAUUGAAGUUUUUCCCUACAGCAUAUUCUACGUGUUCUACGAACAAUACCUGACCAUGUGGGAGGACACCAUAAGGAGUAUUGGAAUAUCGCUGUUGUCAGUUUUCCUGGUGACACUGUUGCUGAUGGGAAUCGAUUUGUGGUCGUCAGCAAUUGUUCUAAUCACAAUCUCAAUGAUUGUGAUCGAUAUUGGAGGCCUCAUGUACUUCUGGAACAUCAGUUUGAAUGCUGUCUCACUCGUCAAUCUAGUCAUGGCUGUUGGAAUAUCGGUGGAGUUCUGCAGUCAUAUUAUUCACUCGUUUGCCAUGUCUGUAAAAGAGAAUCGAAUUAAAAGGGUGUCUGAAGCGCUUGUCAAGAUGGGGAGCUCGGUAUUCUCCGGAAUUACAUUGACAAAAUUUGGAGGCAUCAUAGUGCUGUGGUUUGCCAAAUCACAAAUUUUCCAAGUAUUCUACUUUCGAAUGUACCUGGGCAUUGUACUUUUCGGAGCUGCCCAUGGCCUUAUAUUCCUACCAGUCCUUCUUAGUUUUAUAGGUCCACCCAUGAAUAAAGAAAAAUUCGCCAUGCAUAAAAGACGAACUCUCAAACAAGAAUUGGACGAGAGAAAGUCGCCAAGAGAAGAGCCGUUUGAUAAAUCGUUGAAUCUGUCGUUGUAAGGUUAUUGGAGAAUCUUCUCUGAACUUCACCAAUCCACAAAACAGCUGGAAAACUAAACUGGCGGAGAAAACUUGUCAUAUUGUAACAAAUAAUGUGCCUGAGAAUUCGGUGUAAUUCAUGAACUGGUAGUUAGUUUCCUUUUUGAUGUUUAAUUAAACACACUCAAAAUUUGAACGAAACUCAGUGUACUUCUAGAUAUUGAGGUGUGAAGCGAGUAAGCGUUUUUGAGACGAAUUUCUGAAAAGUUUCAUGUCUCAAAAAUUAGCACGACCUUCUGUCACCCGCACCUUUAGCUAAUAACUGUGAUAAGACCAAACACUCAGAUAACAGUACCUAUAUGUAUACUGUUCUAUGAUAUAUCGACCAUUAUUUAUUCAUUAUGUAUUACUGUGAUAGAUCAGUGAUAUUGAUGAAUGCCUUAGAUUUUAUACGUUCGUAACUAGACUUUAGAAUUGAUAUUGUUACUGAAUCGAUAUUUUCUUGUUACUUAGGGAAUUAUAGUGUUAUUCUUACUCGAUGAUGGAGUAAUAACUACUUUACAUCAACGGAGGCCAUUACUGUCCAUUAACUCUGUGUUUGUGUUGUAUUUGCACAAACUUUUGGGUUCCAAAUAGAGGGUUUACAUGUACAUAAUAGUAGCGACAUCUUUACGGUACGCUAAUCGUUUUUGCUCUCUCCACUUGUGUCGAAAUAGAUAUUACAAUACAGAACAGAGUUCACUUGAAAUAAUCCUUGUUCAAUAUAGUAUAAUUUUCUGUAUGUAGAAAAUACGUUUCAUUAUUAUAUCGACAGUGGUUUACUUGACUUUUCAGUCGAGUAUCGAGACUACUGUCCAAUAGUUUAGAAAUUUAGUAUGCCCUGUAUUCUGUCGAGUAAUUAUAGUGAUAUGGCUACUUUAUUUAUAUCACGUUCUGAUUCGAAUAAUUGAUAAAUAGCGCGUUUUGAAAGGUAACAGAGCUCAUUUCCAAAGAAACAGUAUAACUUUUUAUGUUAUUUUAGUGAAUAAUUUUGAGACCAAUUAAUUGGCUUGUACGUAAGAGGGAUUGAUCGGAAUUGAGCACCUCUUUUGGGUUCACCUUUUAGGAUUAUUGGUAAAAAUAACUCACUAAUGCUGCGGGGUCUGAAAUGUUCAAAUGUGAGAAAAUAAUGAAAAUUCACAGACAAAUUGUCUAAAAUGUUGCUAUUCUUAAAAUAUGUUUCAACUUGAGUCUUUGCCUAUAUUCAUCAUUCUUGGCAAACAUAUUAUAAAAUAUUCGGCGGAUUAAGGAAAUGCCCUGCAUUACUGUUCCUAUCCUAUUGAUAUGAGUUCGUUUCCUGACAUUGUCUGGUAUUCUGCGCUCAGUAGUUUUGUUAUAAUUUUACGUCCGCCACGCACAAUCCUAUCCUGGCUCAUGUAUCGGCCAUUAAAUAAUACAAUUAUUCUGGAUAUUACUCCUCUCAUUUUAUUUUAGUAAAUUUGUUCGUUUUUAGUUUAUUUACUCCACUUUGCUCAAUUCAUGCCUUUCUCAAAGAGUGAUCAGUGAUGUUCAUGAAACAUACUGAAUAAUAAAAAUAGAAUAAUAAAAUAAUAGUGAAUAAUAAAAAAUAGCCUAUGUAAGUCUGUGUUGUACAAAAUUAUUGAUAAUUUUCCCCUAUCUCAAUUGAACACGAAAAAAGAGAAUGGGAACGCUACCUUAUAUAAUAACUUCUUUCACUUUGAAUGAGUCAAAAAUACAAUCAAGUUGGAAAAAUUAUAGAUUUUUCGAAUCCGUUCAUUGUUUACAUAAUGGGUGCCUUCCUACUGAAUCUAAUUUGCUACUCACUUUCAUUAUGCGGUUCCAAUGAGUAGAAUAAACAACUGAAACACUAGUUUCAUUGAAAAUUAACACCAAAUCUGUUAAAUUUUAUAAAUUUAUAUAAAAUAUUUUAUUAAAUCAAUCUUUGAAUUCUAAUUGUACAUGAUAGGUCUUUGGUAGUUGAUAAUGAUAGGGCAUUACUCUUAUAAUGUAAGACCUGAUGUGAAAUGUUCCAAAAUGUACUUAUCUAUUCUAGUCAGCAAUAAAUUUUUAUUCGUCAAAA